GAACCUGAUAGUCAAACAGUAACCACUAUAGACUCAGUCUUCUCUGAAGCUAAAAAUGUAAAAACUAGUUGGGCUGUGCAAAUAGAGGAGAUAGAAGAAGCUAAACUAAAGAACGUCGACCACCAAAAACAAACUGAGACAUGUAGUGUAAAUGUGAAAACAACAACAUCAAAGUCCAACAAAACCGCAAGCCCAGAUACGGAACACGUGUCUGACAAAAAGGACCAAUCAGCAAGUGACACAUCUCCAAGUCACGAGAAGACUCCUAAAUCUACUAGUUUUACAGAAACUGCUACAACUAAUGACAAAGAACCCAAACCAAGACAAUG